AUGCCCUCACCCAGCAACAAUUCCAUCUCCAGCCAGAGCUCAGCCAACCUGUCAUCCAAGCUGCCGCCACUUCCUGCCUCACCCUCACUAUCUCAGUCCAUCGGUAUGAUGGGCACUGGUGAAGAGGCCCUCAACGCCUAUCAUCUUCCCAGGCCGCUGCCACUGUGGCUGAACCCGACUGCCGCGAAGCACAUCGUCAAGGGCAACUUUAUGACACUCAGCGCUAGGCCCAAGACGGUGGAGCAGGGCGAGUGGAUUGCUCAUCAAGUGGUUGAGCAUUAUCGCAACUUGUGGAACUUUGUCAGAGUUGUAUACGAGAAGGAAGAGGAUGGAAAGUCGAUUUGCAACUCCACUACCUGCCCCAGGAUGUCCGCUGGAACGAACCACUCGUACACGUGGCUAAACAGCCGCUUCGAGCCCAUUGAGCUCCCAGCAUAUGAAUACAUUACUCUGAUGCAGCGGUGGAUCUCGGGCAAGAUUGACGAUACCAAGAUCUUCCCCACCGAAGCGUCGGGGGUCUCGUUUGCGCAUAACCCUCAGAUUACCACAACGGCACUUUUGACGGGUCCUGACGACUGGAUCGGCAAGCGCAGCGGAUUCCCCAAGGAGUUUUUCAACAUCUGCCAGACCAUCUUCCUCCAGAUGUUCCGCGUCUACGCUCACCUUUACUGGGCCCACUUCACGGAGCCCUUCUACCAUUUGAACUUGGAGAAGCAACUCAACAGCUGUUUCAGCCAUUUUGUGCUGACAGCUACCGCCCUCGAUAUGCUCAAGCCGGCCGAGCUUGAGCCAAUGCAGCCGCUGAUUGAUCUCUGGGCCGCCAACGGCACCUUCCCACCGGAAUCCAAGGCUUAUGAGUACGCCAAUUUGAAGGUUGGCACUCGCCUGAUGCAGAUGGCAGGCCUGGCUUAA